ACCAAUUAGCGGAUGCCCAGGGGCGGGGGCUGUUGCCAUGGCAGCGAGAAGGCGGGAGCCCGCGGUGGGCAGAGGUAACAUUGCAAAGCCUCGGGCCGAGAGCUGGAGGGACCAGUCUGUGCGCUGUGUGCAUUCAGCGGGCGGAGUCUUGCGCGCAGAGAACCUGCUAGAACCUGCUUUUUGAAAAAGCAUUAGGAGUCAAGACCAAUCUCAGUUAUUUGAUUUUGCUCAAGUCCUCUUACUGCUUUGGAUAUAAGUUACCUCAUCUGUAAAACGGAGCUAAAAAUUCUUUACCUGUCUGAAGACAAGGUGGAGGAACAUGCUACUACAAUAUUGUUUGCUGUUGGUUGCAUGUCUUCUUAUUGCUCUUGAAGCUGUGCCUAUAGACAUAGACAAGACGAAAGUGAAAAAUACUCAACCUGUGGACAGUGCUAAGGUGCAGUCACCGGAUACUGGACUUUAUUAUGAUGAAUAUCUCAAGCAAGUGAUUGAUGUGCUGGAAACAGAUGAACAUUUUAGAGAAAAGCUUCAGAAAGCAGACAUAGAGGAAAUAAAGAGUGGGAGGUUAAGCAAAGAGCUUGAUUUAGUAAGUCACCAUGUGAGGACAAAACUUGAUGAACUAAAGAGACAAGAAGUGUCAAGGUUAAGAAUGCUAAUUAAAGCUAAAUUGGAUUCCCUUCAAGCUACAGGUAUAGACCACCAGGCUCUUCUAAAACAAUUUGAUCACUUAAACCACAUGAAUCCUGACAAGUUCGAGUCCACAGAUUUAGAUAUGCUAAUCAAAGCGGCUACAAGUGAUCUGGAACACUAUGACAAAACUCGGCAUGAAGAAUUUAAAAAAUAUGAAAUGAUGAAGGAACAUGAAAGGAGGGAGUAUUUGAAAACACUGAGUGAAGAAAAGAGAAAAGAAGAAGAAUUGAAAUUUGAAGAAAUGAAGAAAAAACAUGAAAAUCAUCCCAAAGUCAAUCAUCCAGGAAGCAAGGACCAACUGAAGGAGGUAUGGGAAGAGACCGAUGGAUUGGAUCCUAAUGACUUUGACCCCAAGACAUUUUUCAAAUUACAUGAUGUCAAUAAUGAUGGCUUCCUCGAUGAACAAGAAUUAGAAGCCCUGUUUACUAAAGAGUUGGAAAAAGUAUAUGACCCCAAAAACGAAGAAGAUGAUAUGGUAGAAAUGGAGGAGGAAAGACUUAGAAUGAGGGAACAUGUAAUGAAUGAGGUUGAUACUAACAAAGACCGACUGGUGACUCUAGAAGAGUUUAUGAGAGCAACAGAAAAAAAGGAAUUUUUGGAGCCAGAUAGCUGGGAGACAUUAGAUCAGCAGCAGUUAUUCACAGAGGAAGAGCUAAAAGAAUAUGAAAAUCUUAUCUCUUUACAAGAAAAUGAGCUAAAGAGAAAGGCAGACGAGCUUCAGAAACAAAAGGAACAGUUACAACGUGAGCAUGACCAACUUCAAGCUCAGAAACUGGAAUAUCACCAGGCUGUACAGCAAAUGGAACAAAAAAAAUUACAACAGGGAACUCCUCCAUCAGGGCCAAGUGAAGAACUGAAAUUUCAGCCACAUACUUAAAAUUUGAAGCCUACAAGAACUUGGAAGAAAACUGCUACCAACAUCUGUUUCGUCUUUUUACCUCUUUCCUUUUUCUCUGAUCAAUAAAUAUUUUAAAGCAUAUAUGGAAUAAAGGAAGAUACUUUUAAAAUGAGAACACAUUUUUGGACACAGAUAUGUAAGGAUUGACGUUCUACAAGAAUGAGGAAGACAAACUCAAUUUCACACUUCCUUCCUUUUUUCUUUGUUUACCACUAGUGAUUUAAUUAAAUGGGCUUAUGCCAUAAUUUAAUGAAACUAUCAGUGAGAUGUUGAAGCUAUUGAAGCGAGAUGCUGUCAUAGCUUUUAAAACAAAUUGCUCUCACUCAUAAAAAUAGAUAUUGUUUUAUGGACACUUAACAUCCCCCCUUUCAAUGAAAGUCAUUGAUAUUAAUAGUUCUCCUAAGAAGGUCAUUAUAUUCCCAGUGUUUUGGGUAACUUUUUUUUUCUUUAACUUUCUGCAAACUUACUUAGUAGAAAUUCUUCCACUGAACUGUUUUUGCUGCCACUUCAUUUCAUUUUCCAUUUAUAAUUAUAUUAUUCAAAAUCAGGCUCUUCUGAGUGUAACAAAAAAACCAAAGACACCAAUGGUUUAUGCCACUGUUUAAAGAUUUUUUUUCCCUUUUACAUAAACAAAUCUGGAAGGAGGUGGGGCCCCAGAUCCUGUCUUUAUGCCAUGCUAUUUAUCCCCAGUUCAUGGUUUUUAUCCCCAGUUCAGUGUCCAAGGUUGCCAUUUAGACAACACAGGAAGGCAAGAAAAGAACCUUUUCUCCAGUGGAAUGAGCUUCCUUAGGGCAGUUUUCAGGAGAAUCAGACUGCAUUUGAAUGUAUAUCUCACUGGCCAGAACUAUGAAGUCAUGUGACCAUUUAGCUGCUAGAGAAGCUGAGAAAUUCACCUUGCAAUUUCUUUUACUAAAGAAGAAAGGGAAGAGGGAGAGUUUGGUGGGCAGCUUUCAGUUUUAACCGAAACAGCCUUGUUGGCUACUUAAAAUAUCUAUGUUCAUUGUUCUGAAACAGAAAAACUCACUUCCCCUACCAUGAAGGAAAACCACUCAAAUCCGAUCCAUAAUUGCAUAGAGCUCUAAGAACAUGUAUAACGGUUACUCCACUCCAUCCAGCUCUAGGAAGUGGCUCCUUUUGUUUUAGCCACCUACAAACCAAAAGGCAAGUUGUUAGCCCCAUGAAUUGCCAAACACACGCAUAAUGGUGUGCCAGGUGCAGAGGAAUGGCAAUAAAAUCAACAUGUUAAAAAAGGGAAAAUAGGACUCAGCAGUCACUGGUUCAUAGCAAUUAAAAAAAAUACUGCUUAGCAAAAACAGCCUGAUCUCUCUGCUGUCAAUAAAUAUAUUCCGUGGUUUACCCAUCAUGCAUCCCCUGUUUUACCUUUUUGGGAGCAACUCCCUGAGGGUCCUGGAUUUUGCCCUUAAGAAAGUUCUUACUGUGCAUUGAGGCAUGUGAAAGUAAACCCUUCCUGGAGGCUGUGUGGCCUUACGAAUGCCCUUCCUGUUAUUGCAUGAGAUUGUUGUAGAUAGUGACAGGCUUUUUGCAGGCCGGGUUUGGGAAUUUAUUUUCAUUUCCUUUUGAUUUUUGGCAAACAGUUCCCUACAAGAGUAAUAAGUUGCUGGUCUGUUUUCUUUAAUUAUUACCAAGAGUAACCAGAGUCAAAGAUCUUGUUAAGACAGUUUUUAACAUGAACCUAAUCUUUUGUUUGCUGACCUCUGUACUCUGUACUCCCCUUGGGUCUUAUCCGAAUGGUACUCUGGACUAUUUUAAACAUAGAUUUGGCUAUGGCAACCGUUUUAAUCUGAACUUUUUCCUUAGCAUGACUCCCAUUACUUGAAAGUAGGUGCUUGAAAAAGGCCUAUCAGCUUCUGUAGAGCCUUUAAAACUUUCAGUUUGGAGUAUUUCAGUAGUUGAAAUUUUCAUUUCAUCAAGGCCCCAGACUUGGAGUUCAAUCAAUGUUUUACAGACAAAGAACAAUUCCCUCAGCAAAUUAAAUUCCUUUGCAUCUCUGCAGACCUGUUUCUCUGAGUCAUAUUUCCCUUGUAAGAUUGGAAGAGACAAGAGCCAGACAGCAUUCUGCUAGCAUGCUAAAGUUCUACCAUCACUUUUUCUGAUAGCUUAACCUCCUUUGUCAUGAGUCUUAUUGCCCAAAGCUCUACCUUCUCAAUUAAGUCAAGCCCAUAUUUAAGAUAUUUUACCCACUGCACUUUAUUUGUAGAUACCAAAUUCUGUAUAGGUCAAGAUUAUCGGUUGUAGGUAAUGGGAUCUUCCUAACUGGCUUUUAAAUGGAAUGAAGUUGAUGAAGGGGUAUAGUAAUAGUUAGCUUGCAGAAUAUUUGGUAGGGCUGAAGAAACAGAACCUCAGCUGAGCUUCCAGGAACUAUAUCAAAAGCGUGCUAGGACAAAGAAGCUGAUGCUUUUGGAACAAUCAAGAAGCUACCUGUUGGAUCAGGAAGUCUCCUGCUGGAUUAAGCAGCUGUGAAUAACUCCCAGCUUCAGAAAUAUACCAACUCUGCUGUGCAUGGUAUCAGCAAAAAAUGGAUACCUCAUGUUCUGACUCUCUCCUUUGACUCAAGUCUGAGCAGAAAUCUCAACUGUGCAGUGCAAUCAAGAAGAAAAUGGAAAAGAGCCAAGUUGGGCGAUGAGCUUCAUUUUCAUGCAAGAUUUUCAUCCCUUGAAGAACCUGCUGGAGAAGUCAACCUUCUCUCAACCACUGGUGCCUCAACUUCACACUUUCCAAGUUCAUUUGUCUCUGUUGGAGUCAGGAAGCUAAGGAGUUUAAAGUGAAAUGCAAAGCUUCCUUCUUUGUUCCUUGUGGGUGACAUAAUAGGAAGACUACAGUGGCAGCUUGCUUUCAAGAUGUGAGGUUUCUACCUACUUUGAGAUUUUUUUUAAUGAAUAAUUAGCUAUGAAUUAGCAACUAUUUCUUAUAGAAUCCAAGAACUGAGCCAGAACAAGCAGCAGCAGCAAGUGGGAAAGAUACCAAAUUGAAAAUUUAUGUUCUUGUCACUAGCACUACCUAACCGUUUUACUGACACAAAAGUAUAGCAAAACCCAACUAGUGAAACCUUUGAUUUGAAUUUAGAAAUUGAGGUUUUGUUGUUGCUUUCAAAUUUCCCUGUAGUAGUAUGUAGGGGGAAACUCAUUCCAUGUUUACAGAUGUCUACUAUUUUGCUGUAGAGCUUUUUGUUUACAUAUUAACUAAUGUCAGUCACAUUCCUGAUGAAUCACUGAGCCUACCUGGGUGUUAGCCAGCCCCUGACAGUGCAUUUUUUCCUUACACAUGCACCAUCUAGUUGCCUUCCAAUCUCGGCAUGCCUGUAAACUAGUAUGUUGUUUAAAAUUUGAUACAAUCUAUUCUGCUGUGGAAAUUUUCUUAUGUCCUUCCAGUUUUAUCCUUAGUAAUAGAUACAGUAUAGAAAAGUCCCAAGACGUUCCUAGAUUAUGAACAUAGAGCUCACAGCUUAAAUGUUAAAAUCUAUAACAUUACAAUUCUUGUAAUUUUGCCACUCCCUGGAAUUUAAAAAUGAAUGAUCAAGAUUUGCUACCUGAUUUUUAGUAAUGAUUUUAUUUAGUUAUGCAAAUAAGCACUGGGGUACAAGCCAGAGGUGCAGGGGGU